UCGGUUGUAAUAUUUUACUGUACAGAAAUCACCCUCAAGUGUAGACUCGACUUAACACAUAUGGGUUUGUUUUCCGAUGCAUCCAUGUUCCAUCGAUGUCAAAGUUAACAAACAUAAGCAAUUUGUACGAGAAUGACCGCCGCCAUCCUACGAAUAGCACAGAAUACGCUAUGCGUGGUGUUUUUUUAGGCUAGGGUAGAAGAAAUCAAUCUCAACAAGCCAGUUAAUAUAAAUAAACAGACAUCCGUUACGAUGGGGCGUAAGCGCGGAUCUGGAUCAAAGAUGCCCGUUGGAGGCAGAACGAUGGAGUUAGCUGGAGAAUCAUCCGACAGUAGAAGCCGCAGCAGUGAUAGUGGAGGGCGUUCUGCAUCGGUCACACCGGUUCAAGAAAUGUUAGUGUCUAGUGUUGGCCGUGGUCGUAAAAGGGGGAGAGGUGUGGGUCGAGGCGGACGUGGACGCGGUGCUCGCAGCAACACAAUCUUGCAAAGCGUUGAUUCGCCUGUACCGCAAUCAACCGUAGAACAUACAAUCGGUGAUGGUGGCGACCAGGAUCAGAUGGUGGAAAUGAUAGAGAUACUGGACGAAGAAACGAGCAAAUCGCUAGAGGGAACCGAAGGACAAGAUUCAGUUGUUGUGCAGGAGGAGAUCACGGCCGAAGGGAUGUCGGAGGAAGUGCAGCUGUUGGAUUGUGAAACUAUUGAAGGUGAGACAAUCGUCAUCACGGAGGAGACUGUAGUAAACGAUGGACCUAGCAGAACGGUGCUAGUAGACGGAGAAACGUUGGUGUACAUCGAGGAUGAGACUGCAGGUGGAGAAACCGAGGCAGCGGACAAUGGCGCCGGUACGAGGAAAUCGAAAAGGCAGGUAAAGGCAACGAACAAAUUUCGCGACUUUGUUGUAGAUGCUCUUCUGCCGAUGAAUCAGGUAACGUACACAACCAACUGGGAUUUGCAAGCUAGUUCUUCGAAUUUAUCUACGUUAUUCUUUGCACAACAGCCUGUGCGUACAUAUUCCAGCGUGAAGUCGCCGAAAAGAGUAGCAUCGAUAGGCGGACUACAGCCAAGUACCAGCAAACAGCAGCGAACAUCGUUUGCCACAGUAAUGCCGUAUGAAGCGGUCAGCGAUGUAACACCGACAACGUCAGCGGCUGUUCGUGGUGGGUCGAUGGGAGCUAAGAGAGGCAGAAAAAAGAAAUCGGUCGUCAACACCAUACUGGAUAUUGCGGGUGUUGAUCCAAGUGAUGAGACCAUUCAGCUCCCGCAGCCAGAAGAGCGGAAUAAUACUUUAAUCUCGCUCCGAAUCGAUGGAACAGUGUUCGGUGAUGACGAUAGUAUCCAUAGCUCAAGCUCACAGGAACUGUGCGAAUCGACUCUUGCGAUAGGAACCGGUACAAAGGGUAGAAAAUCACGGGGUGGUUUGACAAGCAGUGAAUCUGAACGGCCUGCUGGUUCUACCUUCAUCAGACGGUCGUAUAAAACUUCACACAGUUCCAACUCUCAAUUGGAUGCGAAGUUAGAUGAUCCCGCUGCGGAAACGGAGCCGAUCGCAUAUGAAAGUAAAGAUAGCCUUACUGCUAACAGUCCAGAACCACCGGUAGUAGAUGAUGAGGACGUAAUUGUGCUUCAAGCUGAUGAAAUUAUCAAUGAUUCGUUGGAGAGACCGACGUCCGGCAGAGGUAGCCGAGGUGGUCGUGGCAGUCGUGGAGGACGUGGAUCUCGAGGUGGUCGCGGUAGUCGUGGUGGUCGAGGAAGCCGAGGAGGUCGCGGGAGCCGAGGAAGAGGAGCUGCCCGAGGUGUUACCGCAGGAGAAGGAAUAAGCGGAAGUAAUAUCAACGUUGAAGAAUUGCAUCAGGAAGAAGAAAAGGCUGUUGAUGCAGCUCCUGAGAAAACAGCAUUACGAAAGGAGCCUACAGAGACUGUGACUGUUGCUGUGGAAAACGUCCUUGAGAUACCUCAAGCCGAGAAUGUAACGAUUGUGCCAAUGGUAGAAACAAACGUGGCACAAAGUGAACCAAUCCAAUCGACAUCAAAUGUAGGUACACAAGAAAAAGAAACUGCCGACAAAUUACAUCCUACAACCGAGAAUAUUGAUGCAGUGGCAACUAGCGAGGUGUGUACAAAGGUCACAUUUGUAGAACCUGUGCCACAGGUUGAAAGUGCGACUGUCGAAAUCAGUAUCGAGAAGGAAUCAACCCUCCCCCAUCCAUUGGCAUCAGAUGAUAAAUUGGAUCGCGUUCAGGAUGAAAACCCCUCUCAGCAACAAACGGAAGAACACAAGUCAGAUGAUACGAUGAAGAUGGAAUCUGUUCCACACGAGGUGACAAAGGAAGUGGAAAAUGUAAAUCCUGAUCGGAACCUCUCCGUAGACACAGAUAAAUCCGACCGACACAAAGACACAGACAAAUUCGAUCAAGAAAUACACAAAAAAGAAAAGCGUGAACACGAACCGAAGCAGAGUGGUGCGGGAAUAACAAAGAAGACCCCAGGAAAAGAACGUUUGUCUAAAGAUUCACCUGCCAGCAAGGAAAAACAUCGUUCGGAAAAAACCACUCACGACGAGGAACGAUCACGUGAUCCUCGCAAAAAGGAAAAGAAACGAUUAGACGACGACAGUCGCAAGAGAACACAGUCGAAGGAACGCGCUGAUGAUAAACACGACCGGCGCCACGGCAGCGAUGCGGGACGUUCGAAGGACGAUCGAAAGCUAAGCAUCGAUAAAGCAUCAUCGGAUAAAUAUAGUUCAGAGCGUGAGGCACUUGUCACCAGCGAGGAGAAGGCUAAAAAGAAGCACGGGGACAAAAAAUCAAUCGAAACACCGAUUAUUGCAGAACCAAAGGACACGAGCAGCUUAACGGAAAGCAGCUCAAACAGCAAAAAACGUUCCUCGAUGGUUCCACCCCGUCCGGAUAAACCAAAAAAAUGCUUUGAAUCGGAACUGAUAGCACUGGAACUGCAGCCUAUAUCUCGUAAGUCAAACGAAGAAUCACGCCGACGAGGAGAAACGAAGGAACGCGAUGAUUCUUCGUCGUCGUCUUCAUCUCACCGCAAGGAGCACAAGCACAGCAAGCACAAGAGCUCUAAAUCAUCAUCCUCCGAAGUGGUGCCGCGGAAGCUAGAGUUUGGUGGGAGCGGAAGCAGUAGCAACCAAAAGUCGAGUCGUUCGAAGCUGGAGGAUGAGAAACCGCGUGCCGAGGGAGAGAAGGAUCGUAAUCGGAAAAUCAUUUCCGGUGGCUUCCUGCAAGAGGAAACUCACCGCGAUCGUUCGAUAACGAAGAAAUCCAAAUCGAAAGACAAAAGAGAUUCAUCCAAAUCGAAGAGUGGCGAAAUUCCGUUGGAAAAGGUUUCUCCAUUGGUAGAGAAACGCACCAUCGAUAGUCCCCAUAAGAAACCUUCACACGAAGAACAAGCCGUUGCUCAAAUGGUGGAUGGUGGUAUCACAAAUGAAAAGCAACUCUCUGAUGCACAUAGAACAUCUCCCGAAGCGCCGAAAAUUGUCACAAAAGCCUCGCUGAAGAUGUACAAAAUGGAGGAAAGCGUUGUGGCAACCGUGGAAGCAGACCAGCUGCCACCUUUCGUUACUAAGCCAGCUGAAAUUGCAACUCUUGAGAUGGUCGAAAUGAAGGAAGAGGAGAAACAAAUAAUGUUUCCUCUGAAGGAAGAACCACCAAUUCCUGAACCAGUACAGGUUGAAACGAAAGUAGAGUCAGAGGAAUUAAAGCACCGCAUCGCACCGAAACCGGACUUGGAGGAGGAUGAAAUAUUUAGCGAAGCGGAAACGCUACGUUCGGAAUCGAUGGCCGAAUUGGAUGAAAGCACCUUCCUUUCUAGUGGUGGUUUACCGUCAGAAGAUGACUCCGGUGUUCGGAGCAGUGCAAGUUCUCCAUUUGAUGUAAUGUCUUGCGAGGAAACGAAUCCUGCCCCAAUGGUUCCAGUAGCUCGAGACCAAGACCGUGACUCACAGCGAGUCGACAAGGUACGAUUGGUGGAAAGCUACAUUGAUGAUGGUGUCAUCCGUCGCUCGACACGCAUCAAGACGAUCAGCUCGCAGAAACAACGCACGAGUGGUCAUGGUUUGGUGCGUGAUAAGGACAGGUUAAUGAAGAAAUCGAAUGUUUCGAUUGGAUAUGAUGCGUGUGUCGCACCACCAUCCUUUGGUGUUAGCGAUGCAGGAUAUGCGAUGGGAGAGCCGGGAAUGCAAGGCGGCCAUCUACUGCCAGGUGGUGGCGUAGGCAGUGCCAGUGGUCCAGCUUGGCCCGUCAUUGCUAAUGAAGGGGAUAGUAUAAACGUGGAACUUUCGGAAGAAUACCUGCGCGACAUGGAGGAAAAGCUAAGUCGGUUCGAAACGAUACGCGAGAACAUCUACCAUAGCGAUCGGAUUGUGAGUAAGGAAGCGAAAAAGAUGACCUGUGAUUGUUUCCUCACCUCGGAGGAAAUCGAACGGGGCGAACACGGCUGUGGCGAAGAUUGUCUCAACCGACUGCUGAUGAUCGAGUGUGGAUCACGCUGUACGGUUGGUGAUCGAUGCACAAACCGUCGGUUUCAGCGACAGGAGUACGCACACUGUCAGGUGUUUCGGACGGAGAAAAAAGGCUUCGGCAUACAGGCGAGCACACCGAUCGCACCGGGAGAGUUUAUCAUGGAGUACGUGGGAGAGGUACUGAACAGUGCACAGUUUGACGAACGGGCGGAGGCUUACUCGCGUGAAAAAAACAAACACUACUACUUCAUGGCACUGCGAAGCGAUGGGAUCAUUGAUGCCACUACCAAGGGUAAUAUCUCGCGGUUCAUUAACCAUUCGUGCGAUCCGAACGCCGAAACGCAAAAGUGGACCGUAAACGGUGAGCUGCGGAUUGGUUUCUUCAGCACGAAAUACAUCCUCCCCGGUGAGGAAAUUACGUUCGACUAUCAAUUUCAGCGGUACGGACGGAAGGCGCAAAAGUGUUACUGCGAGGCGGAAACCUGCCGUGGUUGGAUCGGUGCGAAACCAACCGCCGAGGGAGGCGAUUCGGACUACGAGGAGAUAGAUGACGACGAUGAGGAGGAUGAGGGCGAGGAUGAGGAAGAGAGUGAGGAAGAAGCGGAAGGUCAGAAGCUUGAUCAGGAUGGAACGGUAGCGUUGGGUGAGCCAUCUCCUCAACCGGGUGGUAAGGCUUCAAAGGCCGCUCUAGCAACUGCAGCCAGCGAUAGAGCGGAUGGUACCAAGUCGGAUCUAGAGUCGGGCAUUGCAGCGACCUCGGUAGCACCGACGGCUCUACCAGCAAAAGUGAAAAAAGCGCGUAAGAAACGCACAACGAUCCGCAAGAAGCGUCGUCUCGAAAUACACGAAGAUCCAGAUCUGGAUGAAGAAAUCAAUAAUCUACUAAAGACGGGCCUCAAGAACCAAGCACACACGCUGAAACUGUCCCGAUUGAUGGUGCGCGCAAAGGACAUCAAAUCACGCAGCCGACUGCUAACGUUGCUUCAGAGCGGUGAGCUGCCCUGUCGUCGUCUGUUCCUCGAUUACCACGGACUGCGUUUGCUGUACGGUUGGAUAUGCGAGUCGACCGAAUCGAUCGAAGAUCUUAAGUUCCGCAUACAAAUCUUGGACACGCUAGACGGGUUGCCCAUCUCUAACAAGACGAUGCUGAAGGACAGUAAAAUACUGCAUACCGUGGAAAAGUGGGCACGUGUCGAGAAAGGAAAACAUCCGGUCUGUCCCACAGUGCCGAAGGAAGAACAGGUGGUGGCGCCUGUUGCGGUGUCAGCUGACAAGAGCGACAAGGAAGUAUCGCGCACCAGCUCCCCGAGUGACAACAGCAAUGGUGCGGGAAGUGAUAGCAGCAACCAAGCGACAGCCGAUAGGCAACAGCAAGCUUCGAAAAAGGACGUGCUUGGAAGUGUGGAGGUGUUGAAAAACAUGCCCGAACUGUUGAAGUUGGCCGACUUGGGUAAAUUGAAAGAGAUUAUCAGCACGUGCGACAAGGAGGUGGAAAACAAGGAGAAAGCAGCCGCUGCCGCUGCCGCCGCCGCUGCUGCUGCUGCUGCUGCUGCUGCUGCGGCUGCCGCUGCCGCUACUACAUCCACCGCAUCAGAUUCGAUCGCCGCGAGUGUCCUGCUGUCGGACAUAAAAAUCCCCGAACCGGAAGACGAUAAUGCGCCGGAAGAGCAACGGCUUGGGACGCAGAUUCGCAUUCUGUGCUGCAAGCUGCUCAUCAGCUGGAUGAACCUGAAGGAAGUGUUCCGCAUUCCGAAGAAGGAGCGGAUCGAGCAGAUGAAGGAGCACGAACGGGAAGCGGACAUGCGCUACCAGGCAUUGGGACUGGAGAAUGACGAAAAGGACGAAAAACACCACCGUCAUCGGGAUAGCCGCGGAUGGAGCGACAGUCGGGGGUUGCGCGGAAGUGAACCGAAACGCCGUCGCUCACUGGACGAUCGCGAUGGUCCGUAUGGGUUGAACAGUAAGCUGAAGAGACCGCCGCCGGGUUUGCCGGGCGUGGGUGGUUAUAUCCCGCUCAAGCAGGACAAUCUGUCCAAGCAGCAACGGCGCCACCUGUUCGAGAUGAAGGUAGCCCACGAGGAGGCGGAAAGGCGCAAAAAGGAUAUGUGGAUGAUGCACGAGAAUGCGUGCCUACGAUUCGGGCUGAACCCGCAUCUGACCGCACCGAUGGACAUUCCGGUGCGCAUGAAUCCGGCGACCGGUGAAUACUUUUCCGAGGACGAUCGGCUCCUUCCAACACCGCCCAGCCAUGCAUUCUUCAAGAUACAACCACCACCGAUGUCGACGAAUCCGGACGAUUAUGAGCUGCCGCCGAUGAAGCUGCCAGCCUACUGGCGCUUUGCGAUCGAUCCGUACGGGCGGAUUUAUUACUUCCACGUGAAGGAUCGCAUCGCGCAGUGGGAUCCACCGAAGAAGCCGGGCCGAACGGUGGGCGACUUUGCCGACGAAGACUUUUCGAUAAGCUCCGACUCUAGUACGACCGAUACGUGCGAUUCGAGCGAAGAGGAACUGGCUAUACAGUUGGAACAGUUGCUGAAGAAGAAACGCAAACAGCAGUCGAGUUUUAAUCUGGAUGAUGUUUUAGCGAAACCGGACGACAUGAACGACGAUAUGUCGAAAGCCUCGGUAAAGCGUGAAUCCGGCGAAGGUUCACCGCAGAUGCUAACGCUGGAGGAAAUAUUUGGCGAAACAGCAACGAAUACGGUCACGCCCGAUGAGGCCACCUUGCAGCAGCUGCUUCCAAGAAGGAAAAGGAAGCACAGCACAAAGCUGGUGCAGGCCCGAAUCAUUAGCCCCCGAACGGAAGAGGACAAGCAGUACGGCCAGAUGGAAAUGAAGCGGUACAAGGAAACGAAGGAAAAGCUGCGCAAACGGAAGGAAGAAGCGAAACGGUUACGGGCCCGGAGCGUUUUCUCCAAAUCGCUUACGGAUAAUCCAUUCGGUGGUCCGCUGGAUAAGGCAUCGCUGGCAGCGAAUACGGCAGCGACGGAUGUGGCCGGUAACAGUGGCAUCGGUGGCGGUGUCGGUGCCGCUGGUGAUGCUUCACUGAUGGACGACGAUCUCGUCGUGUCGCACAAGAUCGUCGAGGAUCAGUUCAUCGUGGAUGAGCUUGAUAUAUUGACCAAAAAGAAAAAGAUCUCACCGUACGAAGAGUGGAAGAAGGUACAGCAGCGUUUGGGCAAGAAGCGCAAAUCGGCGGAAGAGACGAGCGAGAGUGCGGGCAGUGGGGGUGGGAGUGGUGCUGUUGCUGCUGCUGCCGCUGCCGCUGCUGCAAGCAGUGGUACAGGGGGAGUGACACAGGCACCGAGCACCGAAAGCGGUAGUGCUUCCGCCACGGCAUCGGCGAAGCUGGCGAAACGAAAAAAAUCCAGCAAGGGCGAUCUGAACAGUGAGGAAGCGAAGAAAAUUAAGGAAAAAUUCCGAGUCGACAUUGCGGGCGUGAUUGUGCAGCAUUUAAGUAGCUAUCGGAAGGAUAGCUGCCCGUUGGGACGUAUCACCAACACGGAAGACUUCAAGCACCUUGCGCGAAAGCUAACACAUUUCGUAAUGUUGAAGGAAUUAAAACACUGCGACAAUACCGUGCACGAGCUGGAGGUGACGGAUUCCGUGAAAACAAAGGCCCGAGAAUUCAUCAAAAAGUACAUGGCCAAACAUGGACCGGUGUACGUUCGCGGUGAAAAUGAGCCGGAUUAUUCAAACGUAGCACUUUAAUCUUAGGUAAAUGGGUAGAAGAUUCCUUGUUAAAUGCUAAAUUUAAUUCUUGGCCGAAGGACUGACUAUUCAUCCGUUAAGCACGAGAAACCGACAACGGUUGCGUUCAACCCACUGCACGGAAUUAUUUCCACAUGAAUUAAUGCAUUGUGGUGUGCAUAAUAUAGUUUCUAGGUUUAUUGCAAUUGGUUGAAUUUCUUACAAUUAGUUCAAAGUAAAAUAAAUAACAUGUAUAUAUUGUA